UUUUUAAUCAUUUUGCUUAGAACACCAAAUUAAGAUUAUGACAUUCACCUUUUACGCAAGCCAAAUGGUGCGGAUGUUGAUACGCGACUGAGCAUCGAUCUACCGCAUUUCCCGCUGAUUUUACUCUUAUAUCACCGCUUAAUAAUAAAACUACUUACAUUCAUUUCAAUCAUGCAUUCCUUAAUCAGACUUCUAAUUGCCAUGAUUUACAUUACGACCCAUCUGGAGCAGACGGGCGGACAAAUAUGGACUCGUAUGCCGCGUUUAUGCGAUCAGAUCGCUGCGCGGGAUGAUCAAGUAUGGUGUGUAACGGAUGACAAGAAUCUGUGGCGUUGGGUAUGGGGACUACACGACUGGUCUUGGGUGGAUGCUGAGAAAUAUCAGAAUAAAAUGCAGAACGUCGGUGUGGGAUUCGACAAUUCCGUCUGGGUCGUCACCGUUGACGGUGAAGUACGGCGGAUGGUCGGGCAAAACUGGACAGUGAUGGGCACCAUAGCGACUUUUAACGGAUCGAAACUAGUACAAAUAUCCCCACUCGACCAGUAUGAGGCUAUGGCCGUCGAUAGCAACGAUACAAUCUGGCAUUAUGGCAAUGAUUCCUGGCGGGAAUUCGCGGGUUAUGCGCAGUGGGUGACCGUGGGUAAAGACGCCAGUGUGUGGUGUGUAAGACGGAAUCAGGAAGUGCUGCGAUGGAAUGACACCGACUGGGAAGUGAUGCCGAAGGUGGAUAUGGAGAUGACUCGGAUUGAUGCGUAUGAUAACAGCCGUAUUGUGGCGACAGACGCAUGGAAACGGUUGUAUUUGUACAUAAAUGCGGGAGAACGCUGGCUCGGUGUUGGGACACCAGAGUGGCCGCCGGGACCGAAGUGGAAACUGUUGCAACAACCUUACCCUAACUGCAAACAGGCGGUCGCUUCGAAACUAAACAUUUGGUGUUUAAGUGAUAAUGGUUUUGUUAAUAAAGCGUGAUACGAUUUAAUUUUUAUGAUUCAGAGAGAAUGCCGACACAGACGAUUUUCGGUUCACAAGGUUUUGCAAAGCACAACAAUUAAUUUAAAAGUUAGGCGGUCUUAUAAUUAUUAGCACAGGCUGUUUCCGUUACAACAAAUUCACGCUCCACAUCGCUCGGAAUUUCAUAUUCAGCGGAAUCUGCGUUUCAGCUCUUGGAUCAUUUCGAUGUACACUUGCACAGGGAAAACUGUGUGAUACCUGUGAUGACACCUGUGAUGUAACC